UUAUUUUCUUUUUGUUGACUUGCUGGCAGCAAACACUCAUGAGGAGGCAAUUCAAUUGCCAUGCGGCCCUUUUGGUUUUAGAUGCUUCAAACCAGUUUUACGCAAAGAUUACAAGCUUUCCUUCUUUGGUUUUGAUUCCAUGGUGGGUUCAUCUCUACCUCCAUGAUUUCCUCAACUCUCCAUGAUUUGAGACAUCCCCUGCGUUUGGAAACAUAUUCGGAGUUGCCUGCUGGAAAUAUGAUAAUUGAAAUCAUCAUGGGAGAUGAUCUUCCCUGUUGGUGGUGGACUGAAAACAUCGAUGGAAUUAUUUGAACGGUGCCAAGCCAUGGAGAGAUUCUUGACUUGGUUUAUGAUGAUAGAAAUCAUCAUAGCCAAAAAUCUCUAUGGACUGAUCAAAAGCUAGGUGCAGAUUGCAUACUUGGAAAUGCUUGAGUGGAGACAUGCCUUAGAGAUCCCUGACUGUUUUUAUGAUGAUAAAAUCAUCAUAGCCAGGAACCUUUGGGUUGAACGCACCCUGGAACCUUCAGCAACCAAGAAAACAACGCCACAAAACUAAGAUUUUACCUUGAGAUGGCUCUUGCUUUCUUUGGUAUGGUACCAUUUGCAAUUGGAUCAGAAACAGCUGGUUCUGUGACCUAUCCAGCUGCACGCUGCGGAGUGACAGCAUUGCGCCCAACAUUCAGCACAGUUGGCCGAACUGGUGUAAUGAGCUUAUCGGAAAGCUUGGAUAAGCUUGGGCCUUUCUGUAGAAGUGCCACAGAUUGUGCAAUUAUUCUGGAUGCCAUUAGAGGAAAGGACCCAGAUGAUCUUUCAUCAAGAGACAUUCUCCUUGGUGAUCCAUUUUUAGUUGACAUUACAAAGCUUACUGUUGGAUAUCUAGAAGAUGCUGAGAUGGAGGUUGUUCAUGUUCUUGCAUCAAAAGGUGUAAAUAUGAUCCCUUUCAAGCUAAACUACACAGUUGACUCUGUUCAAGGCAUCCUAAACUUUACAAUGGACGUGGAUAUGUUGGCUCACUUUGAUGAGUGGCAGAGAUCAGGGAACGAUGAUGUUUAUGAAGCUCAAGAACAAUGGCCUACCGAACUCCGGCGUGCACGUGUAAUUCCAGCAGUAGACUAUGUGCAGGCACAAAGAGCAAGGGGAAAGUUAAUCCGGGAAGUAAGAGAGAGUUUUACUGUGGAUGCGUUCAUUGGCAAUGCAACUGACUGGGAAAGAGUUUGCUUGGGAAAUCUAGUUGGUUUGCCUGUAAUUGUUGUUCCAACAGGGUUUAAGAACAUACCAAAUCCACCGCCUAACAACACCACUCGAAGAAGAACCACUAUCACCACCGGUAUCUAUGCUCCUCCUGAACGUGACCAUAUUGCUCUUGCACUUGCUAUGGCUUACCAAUCAGUCACCAAUCACCAUAGGCAGCAGCCUCCUAUUGAUGAUCUUGGACCAAAUGACCCAAUCCCAAGUCCUCCCACAUCAUCGCAGUCUUAGUGGAACUGUUGCUGCAGCCUCAGCCUCUACCUGGUGUAAGUUUCAUGCAUACAUAGUCAAUAUGUGCCAGCACAAUGACAUUGAGAUGUACAUGAACAAAAAAGGAAAAAAAGAAGAAAAUUGAUGUAGCUCACAUGCAAAGAACCAAUCCCAUAGCUUGAUAUACAUUUUGGCACAUUUUCUAUUAGCUUAAGGUUUUAGAGUUGG